AACUCAAAUAAAGAGCAGCUGCAGUGAGAAGAGAGACGACACAUGAACAGGUAGAAAUAACUGAGAGUAGAUCCCAAUCUACAAAUAUAGAUAAAUAGCAUUCAGAUUUCCUCAUACACGUCAAGAUGAAGCCACUGAUGCUGCUCCAAAUGAGUCUUGCAGUGACUCUGGCAGUACCCGUGUUUCAUCCUGAUGUGGCACAGAGUCCAGAUUUGCCUAAAGGAGAGCGGAGCCCUCUGCUGGGGGACAGUGUUCCUCUGCAGGGUCAUGUGGAGGUGGAGAAUCCUGCACCGCAGGCCAGACUGGGCUCCGAGGAGCAGCAGGAGAAGUCGUCUCCAGCUCCGGUGGACAUAGAGCGGAGCAAGAGUGAGAGUGUGGCGGGGCCAGAGGUUAAAGUGGGGCCACAGGUGGGUGAAGUACAGACAGACGUUAAGAUGGAGUCAGAGCUGAAAGCAGAACCAGAGGAUAAGAUGGAGGAAGAGGGUGAAGUACAGACAGACGUUAAGAUGGAGUCAGAGCUGAAAGCAGAACCAGAGGAUAAGAUGGAGGAAGAGGGUGAAGUACAGACAGACGUUAAGAUGGAGUCAGAGCUUAAAGCAGAACCAGAGGAUGAGGUUGUUGUGGCACUAGAGGCUAAAGUAAUGCCAGAUGUUCAGGCAGAGCAGAAGUUUAUCGCAGAGGAAGAGGUUAAAGACGUGACAGAGGUCCAGGUGGAGCAAGAGGUUCAAGAAAAACAAGAAGUUAAGGCGGAGCGGGAGUUAAGAGCUGAGCCAGAGGGUAAACCAGAGCCACAAGUUAAUCCAGACACAGACGUAAAUCUGUAUCCAGAUGUUCUGGCUGAACUAGAGGUCGAUGUGAAGCCAAAAGCUGAGAUGGAGCCAGAGCUCAGAGCUGACUCGGCCUCCAGGGCGGAGCCAGAUGUUCAAAUAGAGCCAGAACUCCAGGAGUACCCCGUGUCUAAUGAGGAGUUUGCGAUGGCGAUGAACCUCGAGGAAGAGCCUGAAACGGGUGGGGAGGUUGAAGAGAGUCAACACGACGUGGAGGGAAACUAUGAAACGGUGGGCGAGCCAGUCGUGGAGAUGGAGCUGCCGGAUGACGGCAGCAUGUCGGGAGAAGAAGGGAGCGACGCGGAGCUGUCGGAAGUGGAAGAGUCUCUGAGGAGGGCAUUUCAGAGUCAAGAUCCUGUCGUUGAAACUCUGCCAGAAGAGGAGGGGCUCAUUUGGAAGAGGGACCAUGUUUUAGGUGAAGAACCAAUCAUGGACCCGGAGCCUGAGAUGAGGAAAGAGCCAUUUCAAAAACAAGAGGACAUACCAGACGGUGGUAUGAUGGAAGAAGGGCCAGCGUCGGACUUCAUGGGGGAGCCACUGUUACCUAUGGCGAGCUAUUUCCCAAACGAGGAGGCUUCGAUGGUGAUGGAUCAUGAGAAACAGUACAACUCUCUCAGAGCGGACGGUGGUUCAGACUAUGUAAUGGAGAAGGAACCAGGAAGUGAGUUUGCCAGUGAGGAGGAGCAGCUCUCUGAGGAGCCAGCAGGGGAAGACGCUCCUGUUCUUGAUGGAGGUGUUCAGAUUGGUGUGGAAAAAAGGGAUUUGAUGGUACAAAGAGGGUACCGCUGUUCUGCUGGCGUGGUCCUCGAGGGGAAGUGUUACCAGUUCUUCAAAGGACCAAUGAGGGCUGCAGAUGCUGAGUUCUUCUGCCAGGCACAGUUCCCCGGUGGCCACCUGGCCUCCAUCACAAGCGACCACAUCCACCGAAAGCUGAUGAGCAUGAUGCUGUCACUGAACGGGGCUUAUACACGCACCUGGAUCGGAGGACUCCGAUAUCUGGAGACCGGUCGCUUUAUCUGGCUGGAUGGAUCCCGGUGGAGCUAUGCUGAUUGGCUGUCGGGGGAGCCCAAUAACACAUCAGACUUGGAGGAUUGUGUGGAAGUGCUGGCCUUUGGAAAUGGAAAGUUCAAUGACUUCACUUGCUGGGAGCCUCAGGCUUUUAUCUGCUCCCACCCUUAUCAGUGAACGUACAGUGACUCUUUUGCCCCCGUCUGCCUCUUCGUCUGAUGUGAAGUGAAGACGUGAAGGAGUUUGACAGCAUACAGUGACAUUAAGCACCAUAAUGGGGAAACUGCUGUUAAAUCAGGACCUUCCAAUCAUGCUGUGCAAUAUGUUAAUUGGUGGUUGUGUUUGUUUUUCUAUAACAAAUCUGUAAAUAAAAAAAAUAACAUCA